CUAUCUAUUCUUCACUGCCUCGAUCUCCUUCUUUCUAUCUCUGCCGCCCUCUCUCUCUCUCUCUCUCUACCACACAUACACAUAGAAAUGAGUGGUUUUGGUCUUAAAAGCUUCACAUUCUUCCUUCUCAUAUGCUUCCUUGUUUGGUGUUCUAGCCUUGAGCUUUGCAAUGCUAGAAGAGGCAAGCAUUGGAGGCAAAGCAAGGAUGCCUCAGCUUCUCUUUAUGAGAAGAAAAUUAAGAGCCAUGGUAGUAUUAGUAGCCAUUACCAACAUGGAAUCCAUGGAGGCACAAGUAAGCAGCCGAAAUUAUCAAAACCCACAAAGCCAAAAUCUCCAUCGCCACCACAAAAAGGACGUACUCCGGCACUACCACCACCAUCACCACCACCGGCGAAAGGAUACAAUGGCGACCGUUCUACCGUCUUUAACGUUUUAGAUUUCGGUGCUAAAGGAGAUGGAAACACAGAGGACACAAAGGCAUUCGAAGCUGCAUGGGCAGCUGCUUGUAAGGUGGAGGCAUCAACGGUCAUGGUGCCAUCAGAUUUCGUCUUCUUUGUAGGACCCAUUUCAUUCUCAGGCCCAUACUGUCAACCAAACAUUGUUUUUCAGCUUGAUGGUACAAUAAUCGCUCCUACAAGCUCCAAGGCUUGGGGUACUGGACUCUAUCAAUGGCUUUUAUUCUCCAAGCUAAAAGGAAUAACCAUCCAAGGUGGGGGUAUCAUUGACGGCCGAGGUUCAGUCUGGUGGAAGGACGAUUCAUUGGAUGAUCCGAUCGAUGAUGAAACGAGAUUAAUCAUUCCAAUAGACCAAGAUCCAGUACAUAACAACUCCCAAAUUCCGAUAAGCAGCAGUGAACUUGGUGGGAAAAUGCCAAAUCUCAAACCAACGGCAUUGAGGUUCUAUGGAAGUUUUGAUGUGACGAUCAUGGGCAUAAUGAUCCAGAACAGUCCUCAGUGCCACCUCAAGUUUGACAACUGCAUUGGGGUCAAGGUAUUUAACAUGAGUGUCUCCUCCCCCGGAGAUAGCCUCAACACCGACGGAAUCCACCUGCAGAAUUCAAAAGAUGUGCUAAUCUACAGCACCAACCUCGCUUGCGGAGAUGAUUGUAUCUCCAUCCAGACGGGAUGCUCGAACAUAUACAUACACAAUGUUAACUGUGGUCCAGGGCAUGGCAUCAGCAUCGGAGGUCUAGGAAAGGAUAACACCAAAGCGUGUGUCUCAAACAUCACUGUUCGAGAUAUCAUGAUGCACAACACAAUGACUGGUGUCAGAAUCAAGACAUGGCAGGGUGGGUCAGGCUCUGUACAAGGAGUACUAUUCUCAAACAUUCAGGUUUCUGAAGUACAGCUUCCCAUUGUAAUCGACCAAUUCUACUGUGACAAGAGCACAUGCAAGAACCAAACAGCGGCUGUGGCUCUAUCAGGCAUCACCUACGAGAGAAUACGAGGAACAUACACAGUAAAACCAGUGCAUUUUGCAUGCAGCGACAGUUUACCAUGUACAGAAGUCACUUUAACAGCCAUAGAGCUAAACCCAAUCCAAGAAAAAUAUCAUUUGUAUGAACCUUACUGCUGGCAGACUUUUGGGGAGCUGAGCACACCCACAGUGCCACCAAUUAGCUGUUUGCAGAUUGGCAAGCCAUCUAGCAACCGGAUUCAAUCCGAUCAUGAUUACUGCUGAGCCUAGCUAGGAUAUUAUAGUGUAUACAUAUGUGUGGUUGUGUUUUGCCGACCCCUUGAUACCAUCAUCUGUAAGCUCUAUGGAUUCUUGUUUGAAAGAUUGCGUCACUUUCCAAUAGGUGUAUACAGGCUCUGUUAUAUUCCCAGAAGUCUACAGUGUAGUGUAUGAGGUAGCCUAGUUCCCUUGAUGGGUUUCCCCAUUAUCAGAGGUGCCAAGGUCAUAUGCUUGCUAGGUGUGUAAUUGAUCACAAUCCCCAUAAAUAUUAUAUUUCAUCACUGGAGAAUGCAUUAGCAUAA